CAGGACGCGCGGAGGCACCUCGGAAGCAGCCCCGCGGCGCGUGGAAAGGCAUCGGAGCGGCGGCCGAGAGUCCCCUCUUUAUUCUCUGACAAUAACCUGUCUUUUGUCUGUCCCUCACUGGGUUUCUCAAAAUGAAACUCGCUCAGGCCCACUGAAAACUCAGCAGAAGCUCUUGGAAAGGCAGCCAAGGUCUCAUUUCCCAUGGACUCCUGUCUGUCCAGAAUCGCGGCCACAAGUCCCAGCGUGUCGUGUGUUGUGCUGGAGGAACACUUCACUCCUAGGAAGGAAUAAAGCACGGCUGGAGCCGGGGACGCUGGAGGUCCGGGAAGCUGGCGGAGGGAGAAAGAAAGAGCGCCCCAGAGCCGGUCUUCUCGCUUCAGCACCCGGGAGGGAUGGACAGAGACUCCCAAGGAGGCUGCAGCCCCGGGCACACAAGUGCUUUGCCGCUGCCCAGCACAGCCAAGCACCCAGCUCCUCCUCGCAGCUAAAAGGCAGCGCCUCCUCCUCAUACCCUGUCCCCCUGGUCCCCUUCCUUGGUGGACGAAAAUUAACGGUGCCCGGCCUGUCCUCCUGCCUCGCGGCUCCGCGGAGUGCUCCACUCCACGCUUGAACUCGGGGCGGCGACUUCAAGAAUUUCGCCCUGGGGAGCCAGGAGAAAUGCAGGCAGGAGCUUGAAGUCUAAGUUCUUAGAAGCGCGAGCAACCAUGGGCUCUGCAGCAGGGGCUGGAAUACUCAGAGGCCCACAGUUCUUGAAAUAAGAAUGUUCCCGAGUGGAUUGCAACUGCUGUGGAAAUAGCUUUUGUGAGGCACUGGAGAUCUACCCAAACCCAACGUUCAGGAAGCUGUACUUAGCAGGUCUCUGUCAUGUUCCAAGAACUCCUCCUGAAGGCAAACUGACAUAUCCUCCUGCUCAUCAUUGUUUCCUGCAAUAGUGACAUAGAAACACUGGCCAAAGUUUUUACAGAGAUUGAUCUAUUCAAAUGUUUCUGCUAUUCUUAUCAUUUAUGGAUGGGAAUUAUACAUUUAUGAGAACAUAAUUACUGAGAGCACAUUCUCAGUGGACACAGCACAUGGAUUUCAGAACCACCUGUGAGGAGACAAAGACAGGGGUUUGCUUGCUGCAAGAUGGAAGUCAGGAGCCUUUCAAAGUCCGGCUGCACCUUGCCAGAGACAUCCUAAUGAUCCAGGAGCAGGAUGUAAUAUGUGUGUCGGGUGAGCCUUUCUAUUCCGGUGAAAGAACGGUGACCAUCAGAAGGCAAACAGUAGGAGGAUUUGGAUUAAGCAUAAAGGGAGGUGCUGAACAUAAUAUUCCAGUUGUCAUUUCCAAAAUCUCCAAGGAGCAAAGAGCGGAACUUUCAGGACUACUCUUCAUUGGGGAUGCAAUUCUACAGAUAAAUGGAAUCAAUGUGAGAAAAUGCAGACAUGAGGAAGUGGUUCAGGUUCUUCGGAAUGCUGGAGAAGAAGUGACUCUAACAGUGUCAUUUUUGAAAAGAGCACCUGCUUUCCUCAAACUCCCAUUGAAUGAAGAUUGUGCAUGUGCUCCGAGUGACCAGAGCAGUGGCACCUCCUCUCCCCUCUGUGACAGUGGCUUGCACCUCAACUACCAUCCCAACAACACAGACACACUCUCCUGCUCCUCAUGGCCCACGUCUCCAGGCUUGAGAUGGGAGAAGCGGUGGUGUGACCUCAGGCUGAUUCCCUUGCUGCAUUCCCGUUUCUCACAGUACGUGCCUGGGACUGACUUGACUAGGCAGCAUGCCUUCCAAGUUGUUGCUGUGGAUGGGGUCUGCAGUGGGAUUAUCCAGUGCCUCUCUCCUGAAGACUCUAGUGACUGGCUCCAAGCAAUAGCAGCCAACAUUUCAAACCUCACGAAGCACAAUAUUAAAAAAAUCAACAGAAACUUUCCUGUAAAUCAGCAGAUAGUCUAUAUGGGCUGGUGUGAAGCCCGCGAGCAAGACCCUCUGCAAGACCGUGUAUACUCGCCAGCAUUUCUUGCUUUGAGGGGCUCAUGUCUUUACAAGUUCCCAGCACCUCCAGUGACUACAUGGGACUGGACCCGAGCAGAGAAAACAUUCUCAGUUUAUGAAAUUAUGUGCAAGAUUCUCAAGGACAGUGACCUGCUGGACCGGCGGAAACACUGCUUCACAGUUCAGUCCGAGUGUGGGGAAGAUCUCUAUUUCUCUGUGGAGUUAGAGUGUGACCUUGCCCAGUGGGAAAGAGCCUUCCAAACAGCAACCUUUUUAGAAGUGGAACGGAUACAGUGCAAGACUUAUGCAUGUGUGCUGGAGAGUCAUCUCAUGGGCCUGACCAUAGACUUCAGCUCAGGAUUCAUCUGCUUUGAUGCAGCCACAAAGGCUGUGCUUUGGAGAUAUAAAUUUUCUCAACUUAAAGGCUCUUCAGAUGAUGGCAAGAGCAAAAUCAAAUUUUUGUUUCAGAAUCCAGAUACAAAACAAAUUGAAGCAAAGGAAUUGGAAUUUUCAAAUUUAUUUGCUGUUCUUCACUGCAUUCAUUCAUUUUUUGCGGCCAAAGUAGCAUGUCUGGACCCUCUAUUUUUAGGUAAUCAGGCUUCUGCCUCUGCUGCUGGCACCUCUGCAACAACAAGCAAAGCAAAGUAUACAAACUGACGUACUGAGCAGUUUUUGACAUUUACCAUGACUAGUUAAACCCAUGAAGACCCCAAAGAAACCACUGUAUCUCCACAUUGAUAAAAUCAGACUUAAAUUUUAGGGAAAAGGUCAUGAGACGUCUCAGACAUAAUUGUCUUCUGGAAGGCACCUGGACAUAAUCCCAAAUGAACUCCCUCACUUGAUUUGUAUCAGUGUUUGCUUUCACCAAGCAUGAAGACAAAAAAAAAAAAAAUGGAUGGUGUAAUAUAUGUAAAUAAUAUAAAAACUGUAAGGUACUUAUAAAUAAAA